CUACUCACUCGCCUAACUCAGAGCGUGGUUCAGCACACUUUCUCUCAUUUCUCUCUCUAUACUUUCUCGAAUUUCCACCAUGAUCACAACUCUGAUAAAACUGCUUAACUAAGAUAGAGAAGAGACGAAAGCCUCUUCACCAAAGAAGAAGAAAGAUUUUAUCCGUUGAGUGAUAACCGUAUUUAACGAACCGAUCCGGUUCCGGUAAAACCGUGCGCACGCUCAGCCGCCUCGCACCCGGUAUCUUUCUUAUCGUAAAUUGUUCGAGUUUCGAUGGCUGAGUUCACUCAGGCCGAGGUGUACUCGCCUCGGUCGACGCAAGUAUGGAGGGCGUUUUUGAACUGGCUGGCCUUUUUCUUUCAGAUCUUUGCUCAGAUCAUCAGAGCCGUUGGUCAAUAUCCUUUGCUUUCUUCUUCUUCGUCGACGACUUCGACUUCAACACACCGUUUCAAGCCCUUGCCUGUCGUUGACUCGACCGAGAUCGAGUCUCCCGCUACGGUCGAGAUCGCUGCCGUUUUGGACUCACAUGUUCUCGCUGAUGAAGACCACAUCGAAAAACUCACGGUAGUUCUUGACUUGGAUGAAACUCUAGUAUGCGCAUACGAGACAUCUAGUCUGCCUCCUUCCCUUCGUAAUCAAGCAAUGGAUGCUGGGUUGAAGUGGUUUGAACUAGAAUGUAUGUCUUCGGACAAGGAAUAUGAAGGAAAACCUAAGAUCAAUUACAUUACGGUGUUUGAGCGCCCGGGUUUGCAAGAAUUUUUAAAUCAACUAAGUGAAUUUGCUGAGCUUGUACUAUUUACUGCUGGCCUUGAAGGCUAUGCUAGACCACUUGUUGACAGAAUUGAUGCUGAAAAUCAAUUUAGUCUUCGACUUUAUAGGCCUUCUACAAUUAGUACGGAGUAUCGGGAGCAUGUGAAAGAUCUCUCCUGCCUAUCUAGGGAUUUAGGCCGAACUGUUAUUGUAGACAACAAUCCUUUCAGUUUCUUGUUGCAACCGCUAAAUGGGAUUCCAUGCAUUCCAUUUUCUGCGGGGCAGCCACAUGAUACACAGCUUCUGGAUGUACUUCUUCCACUUCUCAAGCACCUUUCUCUGCAGAAAGAUGUGAGGCCUGUUCUGUAUGACAGGUUCCACAUGCCUGAAUGGUUUCAAAAGCAGGGUAUCCCUGCUUCUAGUUGGUCAGCAUAGGAAAAAGAUCAUAUACAAGGCCUUCAAUCAGAUAUUUACUUUUCAUGCCAAUCUCUAUUGUCCAAAGGCAGCAUCUUAUUAUAGGAUUCAUGACCUUUUGUAUAGCAUCUGAAUGCUGGAAGUGUUAAUGAAAGUCAUCAGAGACUUGCAAAAGGAUGAAUGUGAUGCUAUCUCUUAUUCGAUUAGGUAAACCAUUUACAUAUUUAGAUCCACUAAAAAUUCUUGAUUCUUAGUGUAACUUUGCUUAUAAGCUUGCAAUUCUGUUGGAUGUUUAUGUAUCUUUCAGAAUUUUGUAAAUUUCUUCUCUAUCAGUGAUUAUUUGUAGUUUACACAUCCUUUAUUUGCUUGCUACUCUACUUUGUACAAGAAGCCACGGCUGCUAGGCUCUUAUUGCCUAAUUGAAUUUUCGAAAAUUUACAAGAGAUCUUGCGAGAGAUUUGAGCUGUGGCUCAGACAGAAUAGAUUAGGAAGUUUAGCCAAAUGUCCCAAGUUUAAUUCGUUUCUCUGAAUGUAUCAAUGUAUCAAUGGAUCAAGGAGGAAGAGAGAGAGAGAGCACCUGCAAGAAUGUUUGUAAGAUUAUUUUGAUCUGAUAUAAAAGAGGUCAUGAACGUGAAUGCCAGGAUAUUUCAAGUCACCAGCUGGGUUAUGAUGUUUUAUAGCUUGAACAGUGUCCAAGUCUCCAUUGAAUUUAGCCACAACAGUUUUCGCAAUGGUACAGUUUUGCUCAUAACUCAUGCUAACACUGCCGGGCAUGGAAUGCAAGGGAACAAUCUUUUAAACACCCUUGCAGAUGAAAACGUGUUCGAUUAAGCUUCGUUGUUUUUUGCCCAUGCCUCCUACAGUGACAGGCAAAAAAGGCCGCUUUGCCAGGGGUUAGCCCUUUCAAAGUCCUUGUGAUCAAACUAGGUUCAGACACUGAAGACAUUUUUUUGAGCCCGAAGGUCAUUUAAGGAUACCAACUCUUACACGUUUUCUCAAUCUCACCAGACUGCAUUUACAACUGAUGACCGAACCUUGUCCUCUCUGACACUCAAAUGUAUUAACUGGACAAAAUAUUCUUGUUUUGUAUAGCAUAGUGUCAACGCGAAGUAGCAAGUAUGGUGGCCGCCUAUGAACAAGGAAUGGACCGAAAUCUACCUUCCACUGUCACACCAACCAAGGAGGCUUAAGGAAUCUACUUCACCUCCCUGGUAGCCUUUAUCUAUGGGGUGGAAAGUGAAGCUAAAAGAGUGAUAUCAUUUCCUGUGUUUCCCAACACUUUAUGCUUAUAUUUCAGUAAAUAGUUUGAAAUCAUGCUUGAAGGAAGGAAUAGGGAGAUUUUAACUAGGGAAAUCUUCCUCGUAUUAAAUUGUAAGGUUUUGUCUCUUUUGACCCAUUAAGUCCCAUGAUUUUAUCCUAUAAAAAUGUUUUAUAGAGUUUUAUUUAUAUAUACCCAGUCGAACUUUAAUACACGUCGGAUACAAAUUUAAGACUCCUCUUUGAGACAACGAUUGCAACCAAUUUUCCUCGACGGCAAUGCCUAACCUUAGUUUGAUUUUUUCAUAUAGUGCGAACUGGAAAUACUGUGGCAGUAUCCAGCAAUAGCACAAAAGGGACAACCUAAGCAUGGCCACAUGAAAGAGGGAUGGUUUGAUUUGUUUAGUUUUAGACUUUCAGUUGAUAAUAAUUGUCUGGAAAUUGUAUACAAUUAGUUAGCAGCCCGACAGAAUGUUAGGAACUUAAGCUAUCAAAAUAGAAUUUUACAGCUUUCCCUGUCCCAAAAGCUUAUUAUAUAUAUAAUACAAGUGACAAAAGCAGGCUAAAAGCUUGUAAACAUACAUAUAUACAGUUGCAA